UUACUUUUGCGCGUCGAGAGCGGAAGCGCUGCGCGCUCACAGUUUGUCUUGACACUGGUCCCAAGUUGAGCACAGUCGUGUGUUGCUUGCUGCAGUGGGUGGGAGACGAGGGGAGAAAGUGUCUCACCUAUGGUUCGUUUCACCUUCAUCCAUCUUUGCUCCGAAAAGACCUCUUUUUUUAGACGGACACCAACGCGUAACAAAGAAAGGUACGAGGCACAACUCUUGGUUAAGGGAACAAUCUGAGUUCAGCUGGAGUAAUUCUAACUGGGAUGUGAAGAAAGUAGAUGCAAGUAUGAUGAACGUCUGUAGGAUGAUUUUUGAUUCAAGCAUUUCUUUUCUUGGCUUUUUAAGCUCUUAGAAGACUAAAUCCUAUAGGCUUCCUUUGUGAGUUAAACACAUUUAAAUUAGAUCAACCAGAAUAUUCCAAGCUUCGUUUAUUUGAUGAUAUCACUUCUUUAGACUUAAACAUGGCCAUCAACACCGACAUAGAAUAUCAGAAGACCAGCUUGGGAGAAAGUGGAGGAACCACCCAGCAGGCGGACUCCCAGGAGACAGAGAAACUGCUGGCUGUGACCACUGAGCCAGGGGGCAAUGGCAUGAAGAUGUCCACCUCUUUCAGUGCGAGUGGGGACAAAGGCCUGGACACUGACCAGAAUGGACACAGCGUUCCUAUGAGGUCCGGUUCGGCUGGACACCUGACCGCAGCCGCACCCCUGUCUCCAUCUCGGGCCAGUUUAAGCCGUUCCUCCACUGGAAAUGCCACUGUCCAAGAGGCCCCCAAACCCAAAGACUACCUCAUCCUGGUCAUCUGCUCCUGUUUCUGCCCUGUGUGGCCCAUCAGUAUUGUGGCUCUGGUCUACUCUAUUAUGUCCAGGAACAGUCUGCAGAACGGGGACAUUGAUGGUGCUCGGAGACUGGGACGACUGGCUCGCCUCCUCAGCAUCGUGUCCAUCAGCCUGGGCCUCCUCGGCAUCAUAGUCUUUGUCACAGUGAAAUGGAGGAAGUAGUGCAGAUGCAACAAGGGUGAAAAAUGUUUUAUAUACGUACUUUUUUAAACGUAUAUUGUAAUAACCAUUACAAAAACAGCUCAUCGAGCUACAGUUUAGCUUUGAAUUAUUUAUAUAAAUCCUAUGGGGAUACAUGCUUGCCAAAAUUUAUGACAUUGUGAUACUAAUGAAUAUUGUGUGUUUAUUUAAUAGGAAAAUAACUUAUUUUUUGUUACUAUGAUUUACUAUCACCAUACGCAAUGGCAAGGUUUCUUUAUACUGGGCCUCACAAUAAUAAGCCUGGAGUCUUGUCUUAAGCUAUUCUGUUUACCACAGCUUGUUUUGAGUUAUGAAUAAUUUCAGUCUUAACUGCAGCAAACAAGCAAAAACAUUCAGAGAAAAUGAAAUGCAUGUGUUGAAAUACAACAAUAUACCGUAUGCUUGAUAAAACAAGGAACCAAAACAGACAAUACUUGGAAUGGAAAAAUGUUCUUCCUGUGGACAACUCAACAUUUUUGAACAUUUGGGACUCAGUUGAAUGGACUUCCAACUUUGGACUGAUGCAAAUACUUAUGGUCAAAACUUAUGCAUUUACAGUAACAAAAUUACACACUAUAUAGCCUUGAACUUUUUUAAAUAUGGAUAUCAAGUGGUGCUGGGUGGCACUGAGUGAAAAUGAGUGAGGAGGUAAUGAGAUGUGAUGAAUUUAUAAAGUCAACUGCAUGUUUGAAUGCGACAGAUAUUUUUGUUAUUUCUAAAGGGGUCAGCAAGGCUAAAGGUUUGCACAGGGACUAUAGUGUGACUUAUUUGUGUAAAUAAUGUCAAGCUAUAGAUGAAUGACUUCUCACAGACAGUGCAUGAUAUAGCCCUCCUUUACCUGAUGGAGUGACUGCCUGUUCCAUUUUCUUUUUAUACUGUACUUUGUAUAUGAUUCCUCAUUCCACAUAAUUAAGUCUGCUUUUUUGCACACAGUUAUUAUGUUGACCCAAGAAACAUGAAAAGAUUCUUGUCAGUCACUGUUUUGCCAUUUUUACAUUCUUACAUGUGUUUUAUUUGAGCAUCUAUGCAAUGUGAACGCAUGCUGGGUCAUACUUUUUUUCUUUGUUUUUUUUUAUGAAUCAACUCUACAGUUUCACUGUGUAACGUUAAGCAUUUAAAUUUUUACAAUAAUACAAGCACGACUGUCUGUAUUCUAAUUCACAUUUAACUGAACUGCUGUAGCCUAUUGGCAGUACCAGGCUUCUGUUAAAAGCACAUGUUAUCACUGUAAGUGUAAACCAAUGUGAGCCAUAAGAAAUCACACUUGCAUUCUAUAUUCUCUAUUCUAGUCAUCUCCCCUUUAUCAUGACAAAACUAUAGCCUAUAUAUAUUGUACUUUCAUCAUAUAUUUAAGGGCUUACAGACACACAUCAAAACUAAAAUAUUGUGUAUAUAGAAUAUUUACUUUGAUGUCAACAACAAAAAAUGGACCCCACUAUUUUAUAAUGCAUUAACAUGUACGGUAUUGGAAAUAUUAAGAAACACCAGCUCAAUAAGGUUUGGCACUAUUUACCUACGCAGCAUAUGAAAACUGUCACUGGCCAAGCAUUUCCCUGUAUUUACCCAGUUAUCCCUGUACAUAUGACAUCUUAAAACAGCAACAUCCAAAGACUAAGCCAUAUAUGUAAUCUCAAAGAAUUAAAGACAAAUCGGUGGUCAAAAUCUUUAGCUCUUUUUUUCUGCUUUGAUUCUUUCUUCUGCCUCCUGAAACACUGUAUGUCACUGAUCCCAUGUGUGCUGUACAUUUCUGCAUGUCUGAAAUAAACAUUGCCAUGC